AAACAACAAGCACAACAACAACAACAACAGCAACAGCGAAGGAACUUAAAUCGUUUAAUUGGAUUUCCGCUCACCUUGACUCUUUCGGAUACAAUCAACAACCUCCCGAGUGGCACCCUCACAGCUUAGAAAACUGAGAGAAUUGAAAAUCACACGCAGCUCGCACAACCGGCAAAAAGUACUUUAAGAAUUCUGGAGCGGGAAAGUGAUAAGAACCCUCUGAAAAUGUUUCUUCAGGCUAAUGUGGAUAAUUAAUAAGUUAUUAACAAACUGCAGCCAAGAAAAAUAUCAGCAAACGGAAAACAAUAAGCAAAAACCUUAAAUGCAAGAUAAGAGCAACCAAACUUAAAGGUUUUCUUGCACAAUAAGUAAAAUAAAUAAGAUACAAAUAUUGAAAUCAUAAAAGAAAAUUUAAACAUCUCAGAAUUUAAAAGUGAAUACUAUACAGAAAAAUCCAUUUAUAAUCGUUAAAAAAACUCGGAUUUAAUAUAGACAGCUUAUUUACUUAGUAUAUUGGAGCCCCAACAAACUAGUGAACACUUCUUGAAACUUAAAGCUACUUAUUUCGAAGUACAGGAACUAAUCCCAAAAUUCAAGUCAUAAAUUUAAAAAUACUUUACUUGGAAAUGAUAAAACAAUUGUGAUAAAGAUAAGAACACUUAAAAAUCUAAUUUAAAGUGCACAAAUAAUAUAAAAGAAAGAAAAUCUAUUUAACAACUAUCUUAGUUUCAAAUAAAUGCAACUAUAAGCCUACAAGAAGUUAAAAAAAUAUAUACAAGGAAACCCAGAAAUAUUAAAUACCAUUCACCAUGAGCUUUGAGAUUGAUGCUCAGCAGAUUUGUGAGCAGCUGGAGGGCACUGACCGUCGCCAAAAGACCAAGGUCCUGGAGGAACUACGCGAUCUGUGCCAAAAUGCCCCCGAUAACAUUAGCACCGAGAAAAUGGCCGAGAGCUUCGAUCAACUGUAUCUGCAUCUACUGAAAUCCUACGACGAUCGCUUCGAAAGUGUUCGCGAUCACGCCGUCCAGGCUGUAAAUGCUUUUCUGGAGCGCCUGCCGCCCAUGGACUUCCACCUGCUGAAUGUGGUUUCCACUCUGUCGGAGCGAAUGGGGAAAGCCGAGACCGUGGAGCCCAGCGAGGAAAUUCGCCUGCUCUACAUCGGCCAACUGAAUUUGAUGGUUUGCCAGUAUGCAAAGAUGGGAAAUGUGGGCGUUUUCAGGGAGUGCUAUCCGCAAGUGGUCAAGAUACUGAUCAAAUCCAUCAAGGAUGACUAUCCACUGGUUCAGCGCGAAGGAUGUUCCACCUUGGUGAAUCUAGCUCGGGUGGCUGAUACCCGGGAAGUACGUCCAUUCACCGAAUCACUGCUUGUAGCACUGUACGGGAUGCUGAAUCACAAACAUGCCCAGGCCAGGAUUUCGGCGAUUGAAGCCAUCGGCAGAUUGAGUCUGCACAUGGACGCCAGUGGUGAGGGAAUGAGGACUUUUAACGAGGUCUCCCCUCUGCUUAUGGACACAAUGCCUUUGGUUCGCCGUGAAGUGGGACAGAUGGGUAUUCUUAUGCUAAUGGAAUUGUUAGAUCGCUACUCCUUCUUUGAGCGAAUCUUACCCUUGGUUUUGUGCUGCCUGAAGGACGACUCGCCGGAGGUUCUGAAUCACAUUCACCCCCAGUGGCUCAAGUGCGGCAAACUGUAUUUCGAAGAAAACGAAGCCGAGUUGAGCCAACAGGAGAUUAGCGAUCUCCCGGCGGAGAAUUACCCAAAAGGUGUCAAGCGUCCCACAAUUGGAUGCCGUGGUUUGGUGCAACGUUCUCUGAGGUUGUUGCAACUUAUAACCCGAGAAACAGGCGAUUGGAAGGACAACGUACGUUUGCAUGCCCUAAAACUGCUUUAUCAAUUUGUUUUGCAUGCUGAGGCCGCGAUGACUGCCAAAUUCUUUGAAAUUUAUGGCGAUUUGGCCCAUGCCUGUAUCGAUCCUGUGGCAGAAGUCAAUGCUGAAGCGGCCAAGGUGGCCGACUUGAUGGGUCGACUAUUGUCCUACGAUGCCUGGAUUGAUCAUGGCUUCGAUGGAUUGGAACGUAAUGCCCGGGAGUCCUAUAUGAGAUGCUUCUACCACAUGUUCACCUCUUCUUUGGGCGGCAGCUACGAUCAGUUGAUGCAGUUGGCAAAGCUUCUUCGCAGCACCGACUAUUCGCACACCCUGAAGCCAGGUUUCCAGCUAUACAUACUCAAACUUUUGGAUACCAUACUGGACAAAUCGCUGAAGAUCAAUGCCGGACAGGAUGAGCUGCAGGACCUCUACGAGUCUGUCUAUGUGAGUGGUAUUAAAGUAAUGGCUCUAUCAUAUUCCCUCAGCGGAAGCGGAAAUGAAGAUGUUACUCAGGGGAAAGCGCUGAUCGAAAGAAUCGUGAAACUUGAACAAAUUUCGGAGGCAAAACUCCACGAACGUUGGUUCCAUUUGGCCCUGAAGGAUGUGGAGAAUCUGGAUGCUGCUUUGGAAGAUAAUGCGGAACCCGUGAUGCUGCUCGAUGGUUUGAUAAAUUUGUGCCUCAUUCGAGACACUUACAUAGCCGAUCUUAUGGAAAAGGUGAAACUGGUCUUUGAGCACUGCUGCGAUAGUGCUCAAGUCAAAGUCUUUAGCAGUCUCUCGGUGGCAGCGCUAUUGUGGUCGAAAACCAUGGACAUAGAACGUGAGCGCAGCACUCAAAUAUUGAGUCAUUUUAUAUCGCAAAUUGUGGAACCCUAUUUGACUUGGAAAGCUGGAUCGAAUGCCGAGGCCAUGAGAUCCUUGGCCAUGGCAACACUAUGUGCAUUGGCGCAGGGCGCUGAGUCGGAAGCUGUGGAAGUUUUACCCUCACUAGCCAAACACAUGCCUAGUCUUCUCGAAGAUCGUAAUGUCACCACACGUCAUUAUGCCAUCAAGGCGAUAGUUUACUUCCGUGAAAUGUCUGUGGAGGACUUAAAACCAUUAGCUUAUGCCACCAUGCAGCGCAUGGAUGAUCCCUCGGCUGGUAUUCGUGUCCUGGCUGCCUUGGCUGUGGGUAAAUUAAAGCCCAAAUUCAGUGAUUUGGAGAAGGAAGCGGAACACGAAAAGGAGGUUUGGGAUGCUUUCGUUAAGCGUGCCAUGGAUCUGCUUUUGCUCUACCACGAAAGCCCAGAAAAGGACAUUAAAGCCGCUGCUGAGGUAACCCUCAAGGUCCUGGCCCAAUCUCAUCCAGAGGCCUGGGAGGAGCGAUAUCAACGAGCCUUAGCUAUGGCUUACAAAAAGGAUCAGCUAGAUGAACUCUACAAGAAGCUUACCAUCAAAAACGUACCACAAUCAGAAACUACAACAUCCUAAAGAAAAACAUCUACAAUUUUCUUACAAAACUAAAAUUGAAAUCCUCUUUUCUGUUUAGCUUAUUGAAUUGUAAAUUUUUUUUCCAAUUUUCAAAUCAAAACGUUAACUUUCAAUUAAAUUUAAAUAUGGGAAUCAAACAAUUAAAUUGCUUUUAAUUUCUGUAUUCAAUUUCUAGUUUACAUUUAGGCAAUUGUUUCAAUUGACUAAUAUCUUUCCAAUUCCAAGUACCAAGAUUUAUUGUAAACAAAAUCUCGAAACUAUAAAGGAAAAGCUAUGCAAGCGAAAAUCACACAAAUCUUUCGUUUAUUUUGCCAUGGCUAAAAAUAAUCCGUUUGAUGAUGAAUUGGGUUGCAAAAAGGGGAGGCAGUCAUGAAGCAAAAAUCAUCAAAAACUGCAAUUAAUAUACAGCACUAUUUUGGGUUAAAUACUUGAUAAAUAUACGAGUUUAUAAAUAACCGGAAAUGGGAACAAAGUAC